AAUACCGCACGGUAUGAUUAAUUUUCAUUAUUUACGCUCUGAAAGUUAUAGUAUGCAGCAUGCACGGAAUCUUAUUAAUAAAACACAUGCACCGUGCUCACUUGACCAUAGUCGAAAAACUGUCCUUCAUCUACGAUGUCUCAUCGGGCUCUGAGUGUUCUUUUUCUGUGUUUUCUGUUUAAUUGUUCUGGCUUAUGUCAGGAAUCGGUGCCAUUACCGACGAAAAUGUUCAACAGGCUCGUGGGAAAGUGUUUGGAAAAGCAAGACGUUGUGAGAUGUUUCAAGAUCCAGGCGGUUAAGGCUAGUGAUAGAGCUUUGAAAAUCAAGUCAAUCAAUGUUGCUAAUGGGCUAGAUAUUGUUGGUAAUGAUAGACAGGAAAAGUAUGCGAGAGGGCUGAAUUUGAAGGAAGAGAAAUUAGAGAAUCUUACAAGUGAUGAUUUGGACUUGCUUCUUGCAGAUAGAACUGCCAGGUUUUUAGAAAGCCAUCGUUUAAAUUUGGAUAUUCCCAAAUUGAUGGAUAGUGCUGAAAAAACUGUCGCUGAAGAAGGCAGAGGUAAAAAGGGACAGAAACAUCAACAUGCAGCUUUAAUGGCUGCUCUAGCCAUUAAAGGAAGUUUUUUAGCUUUGGCUUACAAAGGAAUUGCUGUAAUGUCUGGCACUGCAUUAAUAGUAGGCAAAAUGGCUCUGUUACUGGCAGCAAUCUUGGGUCUUAAAAAAAUCGUAUCCGGCAAUCACGAAAAAACAACAUUUGAAAUAAUUAAAACGCCAAAACACACGGAGGAACACCAUCAUUCGACGACUUAUGAAGAUGAGUACCACGAUCACAGAAGAAAUUAUUUGGUUAAUGCUGGAAAUGUCCAAAGACGCAUCUACAGAUUUACAAUACCAGAAUGAAUUUAAAAUAUAGAUGUAGGAUUUAUUUCCUAAAAUAGUUUUUUAGCAUAUUAUGUUUUAUGU